AUGGAGGAUCAGAUCAAGCUUAGGGCGUUCCCCUUCGCAUUGCAAGACGCCGCCAAAGACUGGCUCUAUGACCUCCCACCGGGGACGGUGACUACUUGGGUGGACCUUGCGAGGUUGUUAUUGGACAAGUAUUUUCCCGAAAUGAAAGCUUCAGCCCUACGGAGGGAAAUUAUCGGAAUCAAGCAACACAAAAGAGAAGCUUUCCACACAUACUGGGAAAGAUUUAAGAAACUUUGCUCCCGUUGUCCAAAGCACGGGAUCACCAAGUAUCAGCUCCUACAAUAUUUCAUUAAAGGUAUGACCCCCAUGGAAAAAAGGAUUCUCAAUGCUUCUAGUGGCGGAUCUUUGCCCGAUAAUACCCCAACUGAGAUCCGAAAUCUAAUCAAGAACAUGGCUGAAGAUUCCAAACAUUCAAGCCAUGACGAAGAAUGGUAUACGGAUGCACCCCGGGGUGUAAAAGAAGUUCAAACUCCUCAGAUUGAAGCUCAAUUGUUCGAGCUCACAAAAGUAGUCAUGAUGUUGGCCAAAGACAAAGGUGUGCAGCCCACACCCCGCCCAUGUGAUAUUUGCACCCAAGUGGGGCAUCCAACCGAUAUGUGCCCACAACUCCAAGAGGAAGAUUAUGAAGAAGCGAAAGUCAUGGGAGGCUAUUAUGGGGCAAAUCAAAGAGGUUAUGAGCAACCAAGAGGUGAUCAGCGAUGGAACAAUAAUCAAGGGUGGGGAGGCAAUCAACAAGGGAAUUAUCAGCAAAAUCAAUCGCAUCAAUAUCAACCAAGACCACUAUUUCCUCAAAAUCAACAACAACCACCCUUCCAACCUCAAAAUUACCAACCAAGGCACCCACAACAACCCCCUCCACAAGCAAUUUCUUCAAGUAUGUCCUUAGAGGACAUAGUGAAAAGCCUUGCCACAAGCACUCAAAGCUUUCAACAAGAAACCAAGGCAAGCAUAAAAAGCUUGGAGCAACAAGUAUCACAACUCGCUCAAUCCGUGAGUAAGAUGGAGUCGCAAGGCAAGCUACCCUCUCAAACGGAGAAGAACCCAAAACACAAUGCGUGUGCAAUUACUCUAAGAGGUGGGAAAAGCUAUGAAAGCCCAAGGAUGUCGCAUGAAGAAGAAAAAGAAGAGAAAGAGAUUGAGGUGGAAGAAGCUAUCAAAGAAGUGGAAAGGAAAAGUACUUCCAAGUCAAAGAAGCCCAUAGAGACCGAAGUGAAAGUCACACCAGCUCCAUUUCCUUCAAGGUUGGCAAGCACCAAAAGAGAAAUGGAAGAUGAUGAAAUCAUGGCCAUGUUUCGAAAGGUUGAAAUCAAUAUCCCUCUUUUAGAUGUCAUUACACAGAUUCCUAGAUAUGCUAAGUUCCUUAAGGAACUUUGCACAUCUAAGAAAAAGCUUAAAGGAAAUCAAACUGUGAAGGUUGGUGAAAAUGUCUCAGCCGUGUUACAAAAGCGGCUACCAAAAAAAUGCAAGGACCCGGGUGUUUUCACGGUUCCUUGCAAAAUGGGUAACCUUUUUGUACCACGUGCCAUGCUUGAUCUUGGAGCAUCAAUUAAUGUCUUACCCUAUUCAAGUUAUAAGACAAUGGGAAUUGGACCUUUAUCAAAAACCAGAGUUAUCAUUCAACUUGUUGACCGGUCUUUGGUACACCCGAAAGGUGUAUUGGAGGAUGUGUUAGUGCAAGUUAAUGAACUUGUUUUUCCCGCUGACUUCUUAUUUUAG